AUGCAGGUCAUGGCCUCUGGACUUCUUUUCACUCUGCAUAAUGUGUCUUCUUCUUCUUUUGUCUCAACCACUAAACGUUGCUUAGGCCUAUGUUGUCUCUGGAAUCGAAAGUUAAGUGGAAUUGGUGCUUCUGCUGCUACUGAUGUAGAGCCUAGUAAACCACCAGUGCAAAUUGAUCAUAAUCAGCUUCUGAUUGAUGGCCAGUUUGUUGAUGCAGUUUCUGGAAAAACUUUUGCAACCAUUGAUCCAAGGACUGGAGAUACAAUUGCCAAUGUGGCCGAAGCGGACGUUGAAGAUGUAGAUCGAGCUGUCCGUGCUGCUCGCAAGGCUUUUGAUGAGGGACCAUGGCCAAAGAUGACAGCUUAUGAAAGAUCACGAAUUAUUUUGCGUUGUGCUGAUAUAUUGGAGAAACACAAUGAUGAAGUUGCAGCAAUUGAAACAUGGGAUAAUGGGAAGACUUAUGAACAGGCUGCAAAUGUUGAAAUACCUAUGGUGGUACGCUUGUUCCGAUAUUAUGCAGGUUGGGCAGAUAAAAUUCAUGGUUUAACAGUUCCAGCUGAUGGAUCACACCAUGUCCAAACUUUGCAUGAACCCAUUGGUGUAGCAGGGCAGAUUGUUCCUUGGAAUUUCCCACUUCUUAUUUUUUCAUGGAAGGUUGCACCUGCAUUAGCUUGUGGUAAUGCAGUUGUAAUGAAAACUGCAGAACAAACACCACUUUCUGCCCUUUUUGUGUCAAAGCUAUUUCAUGAGGCAGGACUUCCUCCUGGAGUUCUGAAUGUUAUCAGUGGCUUUGGUCCUACUGCUGGGGCAGCUCUGUGUACUCAUAUGGAUGUUGACAAGCUUGCUUUCACAGGAUCCACUGCCACAGGUAGACGUGUACUAGAACUCUCUGCACGCAGUAACCUGAAGCCGGUAACACUGGAGCUGGGUGGGAAAUCUCCAUUCAUUGUGUGCAGAGAUGCUGAAAUUGAUGCAGCUGUUGAGGCUGCACAUGCUGCAUUAUUCUUUAAUCAGGGGCAAUGUUGUUGUGCUGGUUCUCGCACAUUUGUUCAUGAAAGCAUAUAUGAUGAAUUUGUGGAAAAGGCUAAAGCUCGUGCUAUUAAACGUGUAGUUGGAGACCCUUUCAAAAGUGGGGUUGACCAGGGUCCUCAGAUUGAUUCUGCUCAAUUCGAGAAGAUCCUGAAAUACAUAAGAUCAGGCAUUGAAAGUGGUGCUACACUAGAAUCUGGUGGUCAAAGAGUUGGCUCAAAAGGCUACUACAUCCAACCAACUGUUUUCUCAAAUGUUCAGGCAUGA